AUGAGAUUCACCAUCGCUCUCACCGCUCUCUUCGCCGGCGUCGCUCUCUCCGCGCCCCUCGAGGAGCGCCAGGCCGUCUACGUCCCUUGCUCCGGCCUCUACGGCACCUCGCAGUGCUGCGCGACGGACGUCCUCGGCGUCGCUGACCUCGACUGCGGCAACCCGCCCGAGGCACCUACCUCGGCCGACGAGUUCAGCUCCAUCUGCUCUGCCAUCGGACAGCGUGCCCGCUGCUGCGUUCUGCCUCUUCUUGACCAGGGUAUCCUCUGCAACACCCCCACCGGUGUCACCGACUAA